UAAGUGGGAUUCCCUUGAGAAAACCUACCAAUUCAAUGUGAUUCAGAGGUAAGAGGACAAGAGAUAGAAAUCAGAUGAUCAGGAUCCUCAUACUGAAAUUCAACAGAUUAAGGAGGGCCAAAUCCGAAAGCUGAUAAAUGACAUUAACUAUACAAAUUAAAGAGAAGGAUCUGCGAUUCCUAUCAGAACGGAAGAUGUGGAAGAGUUGCCAAAUAUUGUUCCUGAAAACUAAAAUUAAGAAAUCAAUGUCAUGUCACUGUUCUUAUGAAAUGUAUACAACUAGGUUCAUGAAAGGAAAGAGUUGAUUAAAAAGCUUAUUUAGAUAAAAAAAAAAGAAAAAUAAAUAAAAGAUUAAAUAACACAUUGAUUUAAAAAGAAAAGAAAAAAAAUGAGUAGUAUUACAUUCUUUCUUUCCUUCUUUCCCAAUCCGUCCAAAAAGGAAAAUGAUUUAUAUUAUAUAAUCUCUUCUUUUCAUUUCCCUUCUCUUACGCCAAAUGAGACUCUUUGCCCUUUGACAGAUUGCUCAAUGGCCGUUAUUUCUCCGCAUUUAUCCUCUUCUCCUACAUUCACUUCUCCUAUUUUUCAAUAUCAAGAUUUCUCAAUCCCCAUCGAUCGAACCACUGAGAAAACAAAAGAACUUCAAAAAUUAGAGGAAUGGGGGAGGGUGAGGAGGAUGUGGUGCAUCAGUUACAGAGAGAGAGAGAGAGAGAGAGAGAGAGAGAGAGAGAGAGAGAGAGAGAGAGCUUGUCAGGGAGAAGUUAGGGCCUGUAGAAGGACAACCAUGAUGACUUAGACGAUCGCCCAGGAAGUGAGAAGGACGACAAUUUUGGCAUGCGGGUUCUUGCUGUUGAUGGUGACCCCACAUGCCUGAAACUACUGGAAUUUCUGCUGCAUCUCUGCCAGUCUCAGGUUUUUCCUACUUCCCAGGCGAUCACUGCUUUGAAGUUACUGAGGGAAAACCCAGAUAGUUUCGAUCUUGUUUUGAGCGACGUGCACGUGCCUGAUAUGCAUGCUUUCAAACUCUUGGAGCUCAUAGGGCUAGAAAUAGACCUGCCUGUGAUAAAUUUGGUCACAAUGCCAAUUUUUAAUCCAUCUCAUCUCAUGCUUCAUGCGAACAUCGAUGCAGAAACCUCUUAUGGCUUGCUUAACGAUUCUUAUGCCCAUGUGGUCAGAAGGAAGAAAGUGGGGCCAAAGGGUCGUAGAAAGAAGGGCAGUGAUGAUGACUAUAACAAAUUUUCCCAUGGCAUUGAUUGUGCACAGGGACAUAGUGCAGCAGGACAGGCGCAUAUCAACUGCAAACUAGCUAAGAAACGAAGAGAUGGAAACAAUGCAGGAGAAGAAGAUGAUGAAGAAGAGGAAAACAGCAACGAAAAUGAGGACCACAUGACACAGAAAAAGACAAGGGUGGUCUGGUCUGGAGAGUGCUUGAAAUUUGUUGUUGCUGUGAAUGAAUCGGGAAUAGAUAAAGCUACUCCAAAGAGGAUACUUGAUAUUAUGAAUGUUGACAAGCCGACAAGAGAGAAGGAUGCAAAGCCACCUUCAGGAAAUAUACCUUCUCGUUAUCUCAUGUUUCUGUAAAUGUUGAAUGCAUUUAAAUCAAAAGUAACCAUAGUGAAUCACUUCUAUUUUUUGGCUAAAGAAACCUCUUGAAACUUCUAUUUCUUACAACCAAUGAUGGUUACCGUUGCAGAAAUAUAGGCUUUACCUGAAAAGGAUUAGUAAUGCUGCAAACCAGCAGGGAAAUAUGACUCCUUCUUUGGGAGUUGAGAACUUAAGAGAUUCCUCUUUUGUAUCUACAAGUUCAAUGGCCACUUUCAGAGAUUUUUCAUUUCUUGGAUCCGAGCAGAUUUAAAGCACCAGACUUUCAUAUUUUCAAGAAGGAACCAGAGCUCUGGGCAAUUUAAACUCCAACAGGAAUUUGUCAAGCACAUCUAGCUCUACCGAGUUCGUUCAAAUGGGUUCAUAUGAGCAACUUGAAAGAUCCUUUGAUGAAUUGGGGAACUCCCAACUGUAUUCUUCUUCCGGAUGCAAAUUUACCCAGGGGGUUGCCCACUAGAUUGGAACUUGACCGCCUGCAGAACAAAUCUUCGAUCCACAACCUCAAGCUGAAAAAGAGGAAUCAAAUGUAUCUAAAAUUGCAGCCGGAAUCACUUGUUGCAACUUGAGAUUUCGGAUAAAUGCAAUUUCUUGUUUUUCA